GUCCGGGUCGCGGCCACUUGGAGCCCGUAUCUGGUUGACUUUUUGGCUGCCGCGUCGCAGGCCGGCCCCCUUCGCCCGCCCAGGAAAAAUGAAUGGGAGGGCUGAUUUUCGAGAGCCGGACACAGAAGUUCCAAGACCAAUUCCCCACAUAGGAGCUGAUUACAUUCCAACUGAGGAAGAAAGAAGAGUCUUCGCAGAAUGCAAUGAUGAAAGCUUCUGGUUCAGAUCUGUGCCUUUGGCUGCUACAAGUAUGUUGAUUACUCAAGGAUUAAUUAGUAAAGGAAUCCUUUCAAGUCAUCCCAAAUAUGGUUCCAUCCCUAAACUUAUAUUUGCCUGCAUCAUGGGAUACUUUGCUGGAAAACUUUCUUACGUGAAAACUUGCCAAGAGAAGUUUAAGAAUCUUGAAAAUUCUCCUCUUGGAGAAGCUUUACGAUCAGGACAAGCACGGCGAUCUGCACCACCUGGGCACUAUUCUCAAAAGUCAAAAUAUGCCACAAAUAUGAGUGGUCAGCCUUCUCUUGUGCCAUCUCCAGCAGCAGACAACAUAGAAAAGGAGAUGCUUCCUCGUUAUGAGCCCAUUCCAUUCAGUGCUUCUAUGAAUGAAUCCACUCCUACUGGUAUUACUGAUCAUAUUGCCCAAGGACCUGAGCCCACCCCAGAAGAAAGUCCCAAAAGAAAAAAUAUUACAUAUGAGGAAUUAAGGAAUAAGAACAGAGAGUCAUAUGAAGUAACUUUAACACAAAAGACUGACCCCUCAGUCAGGCCUAUGCCAAAAAAAGAAGUAAAAGUAAACAAAUAUGGAGAUACAUGGGAUGAGUGAAAAAUUACAUCUUUGGAUCUGCUGAAGGAGUUCAAUAUCCAGCUUCAUCUAGGUGGUCAUGAAUACCUGCAUGCCUUGAGCUCAGCAGCAGUCAUCAUAAACACAUUUAAAACUAAAUCCCAGGUUUUUGUUGUUUGACUUACAUUUUUAAAAACACAGAUUUCAGUGUUUAAAUUGUAUAAAUGUAUUGACUUUGGGGAACUCUGAAUGAUGGUAUUAUACCAUGAUUGUGUAUAGUUAGAAAUUGUUUUAGGUUACAAGGCAAGGAUACUCAUGAAAGUAUUGAGACUGUGAUGCUCUUCAAUCAGCGUAUAUGGAGAUAAAUGAAAUCUGCAUGCCAAAUUGGGAUGGGUUGGGGGGCAAGCAUAAUUUCAAGUGUUUAGCUUUAUGUCAAGUUAUUAAGCCUUUUUCAUUUGCUGUGUUUAGUGUUUAUGGUAAAUAAAAUAUAAAGGAACAUACA